ACUGUGUGGCAAUUAACCAUUAAUCUGAACUGGAACGGACCUUUAAAAGUCUUUCUGUUGCAGAUUCCCUGGACUUAGUUGGCUGUCAUUGUCCUAUAUUUAACUAAAGAUGGAUUUACUUUAUAUUCUGCAGACUAACUUUAUGCCUAUUAUAUUAGGCUUAGUUACUGUUAUUUUGCUUUGGAAGAAUCGAAGGGGACAAAGCCACUCACGUUUGCCACCGGGUCCAGCUCCGAUUCCUCUGUUCGGUAACUUGUUACAAAUGGAUGUGAAAGCCCCAUACAAGUUGUACAUGAAGCUCAGUAAGAAGUAUGGGUCAGUCUUUACCGUAUGGCUGGGCUCCACACCUGUAGUAGUGCUCUCUGGAUAUCAGGCUAUCAAGGAAGCUUUUGUCAACCAGGGAGAAGAGUUCAGCGGCAGAGCCAACUACCCUGUCAUCAUGACGAUCUCUCAGGGAUAUGGAGUGUUGGUGAGUAGUGGGAAAAGAUGGAAAGAUCUUCGUAGGAUAUCCUUGAUGACCCUGAAAAACUUUGGGAUGGGGCGCAGGACAAUUGAACAGCGGAUCCAAGAAGAGGCUAAGUUUCUGAUUAAAGCCAUUCAUGAAUAUGGAGAUUCAGUUGUCAAUCCCAAGAAAAUGAUUUGCAAUUCUAUCGGCAAUGUGAUCAGUUCCAUAGUGUUUGGACACCGGUUUGAAUAUAACGAUCCAAUGUUUCAACUCAUCCAAAAGGCUGUUGAUGACUACUUCAAUGUUCUCAGCAGUCCUAUAGGAGCGAUGUUUAACAUGUUCCCUCGAAUUGUUUGGUGGUUUCCAGGCAAACAUCAUAGAAUGUUUGCCAUCAUAAACCAGGCCAAAGAUUACAUGCGGGCGCAGGCAGAACUUCGUCUUAAGAACCUGGACACCUCUGACCCUCAGGACUUACUCGAAGCAUUCCUAAUUAAAAUGCUUGAGGAGAAAGAUGAUCCCAACACUGAGUUCUGCUAUGACAACAUGGUGAUGACUGCAUGGAACCUGUUUAGUGCUGGAACAGAAACAACAUCUUCCACCUUAAGACAGUCCUUUCUGAUGAUGAUGAAGUACCCUUCUAUUCAAGGGAAAGUUCAGAAAGAGAUAGACGAUGUGAUUGGCUCAAAAGUUCCAACUGUUGAUGACAGAGUUAAAAUGCCCUACACGGAUGCAGUCCUCCAUGAGGUCCAGAGAUUCAUGGACCUCGCCCCCACCUCUGUCCCCCACAAAGUAAUCAGAGAUACAGAGUUUCACAACUACCUCAUCCCAAAGGGUACCAUGGUCUUGCCUCUGUUCUCCUCUGUGCUGUGUGAUCCUGAACUGUUUCAAAACCCAGAUGAGUUUGACCCAGAGAACUUCCUGGAUGAAAACGGACGCUUUAAGAAAAAUGAUGGAUUCCUCGCUUUUGGAUUGGGGAAGAGGGUGUGUCUGGGAGAGGCUCUGGCCAGAAUGGAGCUGUUUCUCUUCUUCACCUCCCUGCUGCAGCGCUUCACCUUCAGUGGGACCCAACCCCCAGAGGAGAUCAACAUCAACCCAGAGUGUGCCAGUUUUGGUCGCAUGCCAUGUUCCUAUGAAUGCUACAUCAAAGUCAGGAACGUGGAGUGACCACCUUCCUGUCUGGAGCAGUAACUGGCUGGAUGUUAGCUGCAUUUUCCUUUUACAUCUUUUCAUUGUAGAAAACUCUGGAGGUAGUUUAGGGAAUUGCAUCUUACCAUAAUCUACAGUUACAAUCUCUAAGGUAUGGUUUUAUAUUUCUAGGUUAAUUUGCAUCCAAAAUAAUUCAUUUAAAAGCUUUUUUUAAAGAUUUGUAUCUCAUCACUGUCAGUCUAGUACUAUCCCUCCCACGCCGAACCAACCUGGACUAGCUGAAACUACACUGGUUGGUAAGGGAGGAGGUAGAGGACGCAAGUCAUUUAAUAGUUUGAAUUAAGUCUUGGAAACAUUUGAGGCCGGAUUCUACAGUGACUCUUCAAGCCACUUUCAUAUUGUUAGUAUAUUCACAUUUGAAUUGCUUUGCAAAUCUGUCGGCAAUGUGAUCUGCUCCGUCUUUGGACACUAGUUUGAACAUGAUGAUCCAAUGUUUCAACACAUUCAAAAAGCUGUUGAUAACUGUUUUCGUGUUCUCAGCAAUCCUAUAGGCGUGGCAGAAUAACUUUUCAAAUCAUUAAAUAGAAUCUUCAAUUGCUGCCAGUAAGAAAUUGCCAUAUUGAAGGUUUCUCAUGUAAAUUUUUACAAAAUGCAUUUGGGCUAACCAAGCUAAUGUUCUGACUAACAAAACACUGCCUUUCCUACAGUUGUACAAUUUUUUCCUUAGAAUUGUUGGGUACCUACCAGGCAAACACCAUGAGAUGGUUGCUACCAUAAACUAUGCCAAAUAUUACAUUCGAAGGCAAGCAGAACUUUGCCUUAAAAACCUGAACACCUCUGACCCUCAUGACCUAAUUGAAGCCUUCCUGGUUACAAUGUUAAGAAGUAGAAAACAUGUCAUGAUAAUCACUUUGGAAGUUAAUCAUACAUAUUUUGCAAAUAUGGACUGUGGUGUGUUAUAAAUGACCAUUAUAUGAAUUAAUUUAUUUUCAGAGUGAAUCCACUGUAAAUCCACAGUGCGUUUUGCAAUAAUUAGCGCAGUAUGUGGAAAUGAAAUCAACUAGCCACCAGAUGUCACAGUUUGCUAGCAAGACUGAUGGUUUAUGCAGUCUUUUAUAUCCUCUUAGGUGAACGAUGAAUCCAACACUGAGUUUAGCUCAUGCUCACUACACCACAUUAGCAGUAUUGUUUAGCAGUUAGUCGUGUGCUUCUGGUCAACAUGCACUACAGUCUAGGUAAUCUACUGUAGUUCUUAUCUAGGGUAAGGGUGUAUUAGGUGGGGUGUUUCUUAUUACCUAAAAGUGUAUUAGGUGAGUUCUGUUCUCUAGCCUUUUUUGUUUGUAGCAUUUAGUGUUGUUAGGGUGCUUUAGCCUCAUCCUGUUUUUCCAUUUAUUUUGGCUACUUUUUGUUUUUCAUUUAUUUUGGCUAGGUAUUUGGGCACUUGCCCUCUGUAGCCUUUUGUUCAGCCUGUGUGAUCAAUACACCACCUACACCUGAGCCUGAGCCUGUGGCUCGAGUCUGUUCCAAUGCACCCUCUGUGACAACUGGAGUGAUAAUUCAUUUAGCCUGUUUGGCAGUCAUAUCUGUGUUUGAUUACUUGUUGUGUACCUGUUUUGGUAACUUUUGUGUUCUUUUGGGUGAUUUCUGGGAUUCAUUUAUUUUGGGACUGUAUCUAAGAUUGUAGGGACUAGUUCUGUUCAACAUCCACUAAGGCACAUCCUUGAAUGUGUAUCCCGACACCAGUUGGGUGAUGUAUGGCCAGUUUGUGAUGAUCAGUUUCCAUUUAUAAAUUUUUUCUUGCUCAAAAGUACAACCAGGAAAGCCCGAUGAAAAAUCUAAAGAUGCUUUAGUUUAAGGCAGUGAUUAAAUACUUAUGUGAAGUGAAUCUGAGUGUUAUAUUUGAAGUGGAAACAGGUAGAAUAAAGAGGUGUAGCCUGGAUCAAGGAAGGCAAUCCAUCUACAUAUUGACAUCAGGUACUUUUGUGUUUGUUUGGGUUACUGUUUAGAAACUGUUUAGUUUGUGUUCACAUCCCCAGAGUGUGCCAGUUUUGGCCACUUGCCACAUUCCCAUGAUUGCUACAUCAAAGUCAGGACCAUGGAGUGACCACCUUCCUCUCUGGAGCAAUAACUGGCUGAAUGUCAGCUGCGAUUUCCUUUUCCAUCUUUUCUCUGUAGACUACUGUUGAGGGUGUUUAGGGAGUCGAAGGCAUCUUACCAUAAUCAUUAAGUACAAUCUCUAAGGUAUGUUUUGGCUAAUUUGCAUCCAAAAUGUCUUUGUCAGUGUUGUACAGUACAUCACAGCCUCCCUAUUUAGUGAUGGCCAAAUGAGGCUUCAUUAGCGUUAUUUUAGGCGCAGGAUAUUAUGCUGGUAGCAUAAUUUAUUUUAAUUUUUAUGACAAUCAAACACAUAUAUAUUAACAAAACAAUGUGGGGCAACCACACAACUCAUUAAAUAAUAUUUUAACAGUGUUUCUAUCAGUGAAGUCAAGGCUAGAAAUAAAGUGGAAAAGUUAGUACUGCCUUUGAUUUCAACUUUAUUUUGAUGCACUGUAUGAUAGUAUUCCUUCAAUCUAUAUUAUGAACCCAAAUAAAAAUUAAAUAUGUAAUCAUGCAUACAUUUUUCAUAGUGUAUGUAUCUUUAUCUCAGAAGGCGGAAACCCCCUCUCACCAGACAAGAGGAUCCCCUUGAUUCUGUCCUUAUUUAACAGGAUACAACAAAUAAAGACUUAACUCUCUAUCCCUCAGCCCUUGAAUUCUGCAAUGAUGUCUGCUCUCACCCUUCCUCUACUCACUCUACACCAACUACUGUACUUCCAGUAAUGGAUCUCUCAACCUGUUGAAGUAGGCAGAUGACAUCACUCUGGUCCAUGUACAGAGACGUUGACUGCUUGGUGGCCUGGUGCCAUCAGAAUAACCUGAGACUUGAAACAUCUAACAUUCAUCUUCAGGUGGUUGUCUUCAGGAAAGGCCCCCCAACCUCCACACAUUGAGAGUUCAGCUGUUUGUUCAGUUGAGUGCUUCAAAUUCCUUAACUUUGCUCAUAUUCCUCCGUCUAGUUAGUGCAUUUCCUGGAAUUGUCAAUCUGUCCAUAUCUACAUUAACUGUAAAUUCAUGUAAGCUAAUGUUUAGGCUAUUCUCUUACUGCUUUCCUCCUUAGAUCUAAUUACUUUAAGUCACUGGAUAAGAGCAUCAGCUAAAAUACUUAAAUUUUAUUUUGUAUGCUUAACCCCCAUUGCAUUUAAAUGUGUGUAAGCUUUAAGUACACUUCAAGUAUUUUGCGCAAUGUUCUCUACAACUAGCUGCACCAAUGAAAAUUAUUCUUAUGUGGAAAUGAACAUGUGAUUGAGGGCGAUUCUGAAUCAUAUAGCCUUUAAAGUCAAAAGUAUUGGCAUACUGUAGUUAGUGUAGAAAGAAACAGACAACUGCAAAAUUGUGAUGGUGGCAUCAUCUGGCUUGCUGAAAGUCCUCCACGUCUUCAGCUGUGGGAAGGACAUACAAUGUUUGCCAAUUGUACAUUUGAUAAAUCUCACAUGACUUGA